CCUCUCCCUGUUAAAAAAAAACCUCCCCCGCCGUCAGUCCAUCUCCCUGCGCCGGCGUGCCGCUGCUGCAAGUCUUCCACACCGACCGCCGGCGUCCUCCGUAACUGUGUCCUUUAACUGCACGCCAAAGAAAGAUGAAAGAACAGAUGGCUAUAUUAGGGAAUAAUAGAAUUGAAGAUGUUUGGUGGCUUUGUUCCUUAACCGAAUCUGAGCUUGAUUUAUUGAUAGGUUUGAAAGUUCUGAUACAACAACGUGCCAAAAAGAUUGGUCACAAGUCUCUAGCUAACAAGUUUGACUUGAAGACCCUUCGAGCCCUCAGUUUCGUUUUGAUGGAGAAUCUUAAAGGAAAACUUAGAGAUCUCUCCGGUACACCUGAUACAGCCGAGUCUUCAUCAACUUUAGAUGCAUGUAAUUUGUUGAAUUAUGAUCUAGACAAGACUUUUGCAAAUAUGGGGGUUGAACAGCUGAGCUCCUACAUUUGCAACGACAAGAGGAAGAGAAUUUUGGAGAUGUUUUCUGAAGACACGGCUCCAAAUAGAAAGCAGAGAGUUAACAGUGACAACAGUAGAUCCAUCAUGUAGCAAUAUAAGCAAGAUUAUAAGUUAUUUCCUAAAAUGUAAUAUUCAAAUUUUGAUGUUAGGGAUAUUAUUCCCAAUUUUGCUUUUCAUUUUUUUAACUAUAUUAUGUGUAGCUUUAAUAUUUUUUUUACUUUUAAUUACAAAAAAGUUGGUUUAGAGAAAGUAUAGAGGAUUCUCAUAUGGUUGCUUUUCAAGUGUAGCAGCUUUUGCUCUUU